AUGAGCGAUUACGAAGUGACACUCGUCAAUGAUAACAAGUUUUUUGUCAGGUUCAAAGGCCCAGCAGAGACCCCAUUCGAAGGAGGCCUAUGGAAGGUGCAUGUCGAACUGCCCGAUACGUAUCCAUACAAAUCUCCUAGCAUCGGAUUUGUAAACCGCAUCUUUCACCCCAAUAUCGAUGAGCUGUCCGGUUCAGUGUGUUUGGAUGUCAUCAACCAGACAUGGUCUCCGAUGUUCGAUAUGAUCAACAUUUUCGAGGUCUUCCUGCCACAGCUACUCCGAUAUCCUAACCCGACGGAUCCGCUCAACGGGGAAGCAGCAGCUUUAUUGAUUCGGGAGCCAAAGAGUUAUGACGCAAAAGUCAAAGAGUAUGUCCAGAAGUACGCCAAUAAGGAUAUGGUGGACGAAGCUGGGGCCGAGAGCGAGGAUGAGGAUGACAUGUCCUCUGUGGCGAGUUUCGGUGACGAUGAUGACGAAGAACCCGCUGGCCAAAUGGACGACGUAUAA